AUGUCCUCUAAUUGGUUAGAAUAAACAAGAUUAUGCUACGAAUCUAUCGAAUUACUUGACAAAGUAAUAAUUGAUCUUCUUUUCGAAAAACUAGAUAAUCCAAAAGACCAAGUAAUAAUUGACAAUAAAGUCCGUAAUAUAAUUGAAAUGAAAUAAAGUAAAUGUCUAGACCUUUUAAUCCUAAUAAACGAUACAGAUGGUGCCAAAAACGAGGAAAUGUAAAUCCUAUCUGGCCAAAAAAGCCUAACAGCAGGUUCUAGGUAACCUGAUGUAUGGUUUAAUUUCUAAUAGAGGUUAAAAGAUAUAAAAGAAUUCCAUAAAAAAUACCAAAAUUCCACUAUAUAAUAAAUAGAUAAAGAAUUUUAUUUAAAAAAUGUAUUUGCACCCCCAUAUAGUGAGCCUAAAUUUACGGCUGAUGAAGGAAAUGGAAAAUAUGUAGAUAUGAACGUACUUUAUUAAGAGUUUUUGAACUUCGAUUUAAAAAAAAGAAUGUGGCUUUAAACGAAGAAUAUCAUAUAGGAGAUUAUGCUUGAUUUCUUCCUAAAAGUAUAACCUUUAACAGAUUUCUAGAUUAUAGAAAAAUAAAUUGAAUAAGAUUUUGAAUAUAGAUGGAAAGAAGGAACAGUAAAUGGUUGGGAAAAAACAGAUUUUGAAGAAAAAAACUAAGACGAAAGAUUAUUUUGUUAGGCUUGUUAGAGAUUGUUUAAAAAUGAAAGUAUAUUUGUACAUCAUUUAGAAGGAAAAAAACAUAAGAAAAACGCAAAAAUAAAUGAAAAAUAUGAUUAAAAAAUAAAUAAUAAUAAUAAUAAUAAUAAUAAUAAUAAUAAUAAUAAUAAUAAUAACAAUUACAACUAUAAUAAUAACGAAGAUGAUUCUAAAAAAGAAACUCUCGCUAAAUUAGAAAGCUUUUCAAUAGGUUUAAAGUAACAAUUAUCUGAAAUUAUCUAAGAAACAAUAAAUCAAGUUAAAAAGAGAUAAACAAGAACCUAUUAAGAAAUCGAAGCCGAAAAUACAAUGGAAAAAGUAAACAAUGUAUAAUCCGAAUCCGAAGAUGAUGAAAUGCCUUAUAAUCCUAAAAAUGUACCAUUAGGUCCUGAUGGUAAACCUAUACCUUAUUGGCUUUAUAAAUUACAUGGUUUAGGAAUCGAAUAUAAGUGUGAAAUUUGUGGAAACUUCAGUUAUUGGGGUAGAAGGGCUUUCGAAAAACACUUCAAUGAAUGGAGACAUUCAUAUGGUAUGAAGUGUUUAAAAAUACCUAAUACUGUACAUUUUAAAGAAAUUACAUCUACUAAAGAUGCUCUUGCAUUGCAUCAUAAACUUAGUAUGGAGAGUGAGUAUGCGUAGUUUAAUAUAGAAACGGAAGAGGAGUUCGAAGAUUCGGAAGGGAAUAUUCUUAAUAAAAAAACUUAUAAUGAUCUUAAGAAAUAAGGAUUAUUUCAAAAGACUGCCAUACUAGUAAAGUAGUUAGUCUUAACAUUAUUUAUAUCAUAAAUUAAAUCAAAUGAAACCGAAUUAAUUGAAGGUAUUAAAUUAAUCUAAAUGAAAACAGCCUAUGUAAUAGACGACAUUUUAUAAUUCCUUAAAUCUAUGGAAAUAUAAGUAUAAAAUGAAAUUUAACACACAGACGAAGAAAUAGUCCGUAAAACAAAUGAAUACACACAAGAAAUUUCCAUAUUAGAAAAAGAAGAUUAAGAAAAAAAAGUCAAAUGUUUAGAGUACUAAAAUGAUUUAAAAGAAGUAGAAGAAUAAUAUAAUAAACUAUAAGAAUAUAUUCUUUGGUUAGAACAAAAAAUUAGCAAUAAUAACUUAAAAAUAGAAGAUUAUCAUAAUGAAAGAUGUGAAGCUCAUCAAAUGUGGAUUGAAUUUUUAAGAACAUCUCAAAAUAUGGUUAAUUUCCUUGAGUUUUUGAAAGAAGCAGUUUCUAAUUAUUCUUUUAUUUAAAUUAGUAAAAUAAACGCAGUAUUAGCAAGAUAUAAAAACGACGAUAAUGAAUUUGGAAUUCCUACAAGUGAAAAAUUAACAGUUAUGCUAUUAGAAUUAUAAUAACUAAAUUUAAAAGAAGAUUCUGAAAAAUAUUCGGAUGUAGCCUAGUCAUUAAAUAAAGAACGUUUGAGAACAGAUGAGGAAAUCGGUGUCGGACAUAUAGAUAAUGAUAAAGAUUAUAUUGAUUUAGAGAAAUUUUAAGGAGAAGACAGAAGAAAUGUUAAAUAUUACAAAGAAUAACUUAUUGAAUUAAUUGAAAAAAUGGAACAUAAUAUAAAAAAAUAAAUCUAAACAAGAAUAGACGAAGAAAUAAAACUUAAUGACGAUAUUGCUGAAUUCAUUAUUAUCCUCGAAAAGGAACUUAGGACAUUAAACAAAGAACUUUAAGAACAAAAAGAAGUCAAUGAAAAUAUAAAAAGUAUUAUUUCCAAUUUAAAGUCUUUACUUGAAGAAUGUGAUAGCCAUACUAGUUCAUAUACUGUAAAAAUUUAUGAAAUAAAGAAACAACUCGAAUAUUAUAUUAGCUCUAAAAAUACUUAUAAGCAAAGUUUAGUAGUUGAAUAUGGUGAGAUCAAAGAAAUAACUAAACUUUAUGAAUAAAAUAUUGCAUAAACUGGUAUUUAAUAUAAAGCCCAUUAUGAUGAUAUUAUUAACACUAAUUAUGCUAAUCCUAAUGCUUAGCUUUAUGAUAGAUAAUUACUUAAUUAAUAUGAUUCUUAUAGAAAUCCAGAAGAUUUAGAAUAAAAAGUAUAAGGUGUUAUAAAUGUUUAAUAACCUUGA